AUGUUGGCUAGUGGUAAGAACAACCACAAUAACAAUCACUCCACACAAUUAUCACCAGCAAAUAUGUCGAGUAUGCACACUAGUCAUUCCUCGCAAAAGAUCAAUAAUCGGGAUUUGUUGAAUUCGAACGAUCAACAACAACAACAACAUUCGGUUGAUCACUCACAUCAUCAUCAUCAUCACAGUGGUGGUCUUCAUAAACAUUCUCGUUCUUCCUCGAGGGAUAUGAUGUCCGAAGUGGAGGAAGGAUCCAAACGGAAUAAUGGUGGAACGAUCAUUGAUAGUUUUUCGUCCUCCCUUUCAAUUCCAUCCAUGAUGCCCAAUCUAAAUGGUGUCACAGCAACAACCUUAGAAAAUCACCUCCCUCAACGAUUGAAGCUUUCACCCAACUCAGUCUAUGUCACUGGUUGUAAUGAUCAUUAUCAAUUAGGAACGAUGGAUAAUGAAAAGAGAGAUUCGUUUUGUGAAAUGAGCUGCGGUGUGAAGAGAGGUUCUUCUCAAAAGUCCUUGGAAAAACCAAAAUCAUCUUCAAUCGUUAGCAGCUGUUUUCUCUCGCAAGACGACAAAAUCAAACGAAUCAAGUGUGGACAAGACUUUACAGUUUUCCUCACACAGAAAAAUCAGGUAUUUGUGUUGGGUUCUAACACCAAUGGUCAAAUUGGACUUGCAAAAGAUAUACAUCACGUCAAAACACCAGCAAGGCUCACUGCUUUUGAUGAAAUGGAGGUAUUGAGUUUGUCAAGAAGCAGCUCAUUAAGUGUUGCUGGUGGUCAAGAAGACACUUCAGGCUCCAGCGCUGCUUCUACCGUUCAAUUGGAUGACUCUGAGGAACUACUGCAAAAGUCCACAUCCUCUUCUUCGUCAAAUUCCGAGUACGGAGAAGGUCAAAUCGCAAAUGUAUAUUGUGGUGCUGAAUUUACCAUUUUCUUGAUGCGAGAUGGAAGAGUGUACGGUACAGGAUCGAAUAUUUCUGGACAAUUAGGCAAACCAAUUUCAGCUUCAUUAGAAAAUAAUGCAAACAUUUUCUUUGAACCUGUUCCUUUAACGAUGACCACUCCUCCACCAGCUGGUACGGCAACUGCUAUCGUUGCUGCAUCACACAACAAUGGUGCGAGUGGAUUUAAUGCCACCAACACCACAACUCCCUCAGCAACUGUUGAAUUAUCUGGCAUUUCCAAAGUAGCUGUUGGAAGGACUCACUCCAUAUUCAUCACAGAAGACGGUCAUGUUUAUGCUUGUGGAUUGAAUGAAAUGGGGCAAUUAGGUCUUGGUACCAGAUCCAGAAAUGAGCCGUACAUUCAAUUAAUUCAGGAAUUGAAUGAUUUUGAAAUUAGAAAAGCUGCUUGUGGAGCUGAACAUUCCUUGUUUCUAACUACGACAGGAGACCUUUACGCCACAGGAUCAAAUCAAUUCGGGCAACUUGGCAUUUCUAAUCCUCAGGUACAUUUUAAACAAAGUCCAGUGUUGGUAUGUCAGACAGAUAGCGAUGUGACAGAAUUCAACAAACAAAAUGCCUCAAAUUCCGAUGCAACCACCAAGAAUGAUCCAGAGGCCACCACAUCGACUAGUUCUGUAACAAGCAAACAGAACAAUAAGACAGCCAUUGAUCAAUCCAAGAACGCGAAGAACCAAAACGGUAUUCCAGAAUUGCCAAGCGGAAACAAAUCUUUACUUGGAAGUGUCAAGAAAAUCAAAUGUGGCCUCUAUCAUUCGGUCAUUAUGAACAAACACUUUGACAUUUUUGUUUUUGGAUGUAAUAAUGAAGGACAAUGCGGAUUGCCAUUUGCAUCAACAACAGAACGAAAAUUAACCACAACUAGAAACAUUUACACACCCACAAAAUUGGUGAUCAUGGAAGCUGGUUUGGACUAUGUUGAUCGAAUUCGUUGUGGAUACAAACAUACCACCUUUUUAACUCAUCGAUAUGACAUCUAUCAAUGUGGAAGCAAUGAGCUAGGCCAAUUAGGAUUGCCAGACGAUGAAGAAGCAAUUUAUGUAAGCACACCCACAAAGGUCACCUUGAUCAAUGACACCAAUAUUCCAAUCAAUGCCACCAGUGGACCCUAUUCAACCAUUCUCUUCACUGGUGACGAUAGCAAACCAAAAUUCUCCAUUUCUAAGCAAUUGAAGCAAAACCAUGCUGCUAGAGAUCGAGUGUUCCAAACCAACAUGUAUGCCUUCAUGCCACUUGUUCGACUGGUCUCACCCUUCUUAGAGUCCAUGCUUAAAAAUUCUGAAUUUAUGGGAAAGCUUGAUGCAAAUGACCAAUUAUACAUGCAACGAAUGAUUAACACGUGUUAUGACCGAUCUGAGAUUGCUUUCGUUAGAGAGAUGGAUUGUAAGGCAGUUGUUAAACUUUUGAGAUGGCUUCAUGACUACAAUUCUGUUGAUGAGACGGUUGUCCAAUUACGAAAAAAGCUCUAUGAGCGUUUUGAGGAAACACUCAAAUAUAACAACAUUUUAGACAUUUUGGAAAUUAUUGAAAUGAAAUUGGAACAAUGUAACAACAAGGACAAAGGCGUCCUAACGACAUGUAGAGCCAAAUGUUAUGCCAUACUUCAUGAAUUGAACGAAAAGUUGCUUGAAAACUCAGUUGCAAAAACUGACGAAAUUGAGGCCAUCACAAGUGACAUUCGAUUCGAACUUUUCCUCAAGCAAGUACCAGAGUGGAAUAAGCGAUCGAAUACCAUCACAUGGAAUGAGGAAAGAAGAAGACAAUCCCGUGUUGGAAUUGAUAUUUGUAAUCCUUUACAACUUCUCUAUGAUGAUCCCUUUGGUGACAUUAUUCUCUUUCUCGAUAAGGCACAUACGAAGAAAAUCAAAGCUCACAAAACCAUCCUUAGUUGCGCGAGUGCUUACUUGGCUCAUCGAAUCGAAAGGGAGGAACAAGCUACUUCCCCUCGUUCGAGCGGCUAUCCCAUGACUAUGGACAUGUAUGACGCCACUUGUUCUUCAGAUCAAAUCAAUAAUAAUAAUAAUGAGAAAGAGCAAGCCAUUAGAAUUGAAGCCCUAGAAUGCACUAUCAAGUACAUGUAUGAUGCCUUGGAUCAAUCCUCACAAAUCACUCAAUUACUGGUUCCUAUUAUGGAAAUUGCAUGGAAAUUCCAAAUGAAAAACCUUCAAGAUUAUUGUCUCUCCUCACUCGAUGCUAAUCUGUGCGUGGAUAACUUUGUGUCAGUUCUCAAAUGGGCAAAUCCUUAUCGAAACAGUCAACCUUUAAAACCAAUAAUUUCAAAGAUUAUUUCAUUUGGAGCCAAUAAUUGGGAAAAAAUCAUUUCACAUUUCAAGGAAGAUCAAGAUUGGCAAGAUGUUUCUCCAGCGUUGAUCAUUCGAAUUAAUCGACAAUGGAUGCAAAAUCAAGAGCGGUUUAUUUCUAACACCACUACCAACUCAACAAACAAUAUUCCUUCCUUGCAUUUGGUGCAUCAUCACCAUCAUCACCACAAUCAACAUCAUCACAAUAAUCAACAACAUUCCAGUCAGUCCUCUCUGAAAAGAAAGUAA